AUGGAUGACGGGGACCUCGAUUUCUCCAACCCGGAGGCGUACCUGUGCUCAGACACCGGCGCCGAUCUGCCCGGCGGCGGCUGCUCCAUGGACAGCUACUUCGACGGCAUCCUCAACGACACGGAGCACCUUGCCUGCACCCACACCCACACCUGCAACCCGCCCGUCGACGACAGUUCGCACACCCACACCUGCGUCCACGUCCACACCAAGAUCGUCUCGGCGUCGUCGGAUGGCGGCGCCGACUCCCCUGCCGAGAACAGCGGUGCCUCCAAGAAGCGGCCGUCUGGCAACCGCGCAGCCGUGAGGAAGUACCGGGAGAAGAAGAAGGCCCACACGGCGCUGCUGGAGGAAGAGGUGGUUCAGUUGAAGGCUCUGAACAAGCAGCUGCUGAAGAAGCUUCAGAAUCACGCGGCGCUUGAGGCCGAGGCUGCCAGGCUCCGCUGCCUGCUUGUUGAUAUCAGGGGGAGGAUCGAUGGGGAGAUUGGCACUUUCCCUUACCAGCGGCCUGUGAAGAACGUUGAUUUGGUUUCUGGUGUUGAUCAGGGGGGGUUUCUUGGCAGUGCCCAGGUUAUGAACUCGUGUGAUUUCAGAUGCAACGAUCAGAUGUACUGCAAUACAGGAAUGCAGAUGAGAACAAUGGGUGAUGAUGGUGCUAUGAGUGGUCAGGUAUUUGGGCAAGGCACUGGGGAUAUUGCAAACAUCCAAUGCAUAGGGGGUGUGAAAUCUGGAUUCACAAUGCCCCCAGGCUGUGGGGGUAUGGGGACAUUGCCUUCUGGCUGUUUACCCAGUUCUGAAAAGCAGUGA